CCAGCAAACUGCAGAAGGGAAGGCCAGUGCAUCUUGUCUUAAGACAAAUUCAGUAUGUAGAAAUACAAACUGGCACUUUUUCUUCCAUGGUAAUAAAGCAGUGGUUGUACCAACUUUUAUUGGCGCAACUGGCUUUCUUGCUAUUAAAGUUGGAACAGUCCUUUAUUUCUGGUUUUGGUUUUUAGUACCUCCUAAACCUGUCCAUCUGCAGCCAGCUGGGCAGGAGAAGAUUCCUCCAGCACCAUCUAGGCCUUUGCCAGCAGAUCCAAAGUCAUCAAGGAGCGUCACAACUGAAGAACAAACAACACAGACCUCAGCGGACAUUAACAGGCUCAUUGAAAAAUUUGAAAAUAUUAGGUUGCCCAUUCAUGUUGUUCAAAGAAAUCGAUUUAAUUUAACUUUUAAGAUGGAACCUGGAAUGGACUCUUCUAAAGAGCCAUCUGCAAACGUCUGUGAGGUGCUAGCUUCCGGUGGUAAUUCUACAAACGAAAAUACAGAACAAGAUGAGAGUGAGGCUGGUGUCUUGUGUAGCAGUGAAAUGUCUAAUGCAGACAUAAUGAAAAUUAAAGAACUAAAUAUAGAUGAUACCACAAGCACUGAAGACUGUACUAUUGUGCAUGACAGAAGAGCACCAACGGAAGAACUUGGCUGUAAGGACUCCUCUGUGGAGCUGAACGGGAAUGGCAAAAUUCCCAACAGAGACAGUGGAAUUGAUAGCCCUUCUUGCAGCGUGGCUGGAGAGACUUUUCUCAAUGAAAAUGGUGCAGAACAGAAAAAGCUCACCAUGGCUGGGAAUCCAGCAGAGGUGGAAACUGACAAGAAGAGUGCCAGGUUUUCUACUGGGGAGCAGAAAAGAGACUCUGCUCAGGAUGAGGACAGUGACAUGGAUGAGGGGAGCAGUGAAGAGCAAGAAACAUCAGAGACACCUAAACUGGAAGGAGUAGACAUCAACAAGUGUUCAGAGCCACAAAAGCUGUUUAACAUUGCAAACGAACUUCUUCAUACAGAAGAAGCUUAUGUUAAAAGACUUCAUCUUCUAGACCAGGUUUUUUGUGCUAAAUUGUCUGAGGCUGGGAUUCCAAAUGAAGUGAUAACAGGAAUAUUUUCAAAUAUUUCUUCUAUCUACUGCUUCCAUGGACAGUUUCUCCUGCCUGAACUGAAAACACGGAUUACAGAUGAGUGGAAUACCAACCCAAGACUAGGAGAUAUCCUUCAAAAACUUGCUCCAUUUCUGAAGAUGUAUGGAGAAUAUGUAAAGAAUUUUGACAGAGCAAUGGACAUGGUGAACACAUGGAUACAGAGAUCAUCUCCUUUUAAAGAUAUCAUUCAAAAUAUACAGAAACAAGAAAUAUGUGGAAACCUGACAUUACAGCAUCACAUGCUGGAACCUGUACAGAGAAUUCCACGCUAUGAGCUUCUCCUGAAGGAUUAUCUUAAAAAACUUCCUGGAGAGUCACCAGACAGGAAAGAUGCUGAAAAAUCACUGGAGCUCAUUUCAACUGCAGCAAACCAUUCAAAUGCAGCCAUCCGAAAGAUGGAAAAGAUGCACAAGCUCUUAGAAGUCUAUGAGCGACUUGGAGGAGAGGAGGAUAUUGUUAAUCCAGCCAAUGAAUUGAUUAAAGAGGGCCACAUUCAGAAACUGUCAGCAAAAAAUGGCACAGCUCAGGAUAGGUAUCUAUUUCUGUUUAACAGCAUGAUAUUGUACUGUGUGCCAAAGCUGAGAUUGAUGGGACAGAAAUUCAGUGUUCGAGAAAAGAUCGAUAUUGCAGGGUUACAGGUCCAGGAAAUUGUCAAGCAAAAUGCAGCCCAUACAUUCUCAAUAACUGGAAAAAAGAGAUCAUUGGAACUACAAACAAGGACAGAAGAAGAGAAGAAAGAAUGGAUUCAGGUCAUUCAAGCAACAAUAGAAAAACACAAGCAGAACAGUGAAACCUUUAGGGCAUUUAAUAGCUCCUUUUCUCAAGAAGAUGAGCCUCUCCCAGAUUCAUCAAUAGCAAGCACAAGUUCUGUGGAAUCGAUGCCAGGGACAGAUGGAAGCAGCACAUCUGGUGGGCCUGAAUGCUGCAGAAAAUCUUCCAAAACGAAGAGAGACAAAGAGAAACAGGCUUGCAAAAGUUGCAGUGAAAGCUUUAACUCCAUUACGAAAAGACGGCACCAUUGCAAGCAAUGUGGAGCAGUUAUCUGUGCAAAAUGCUCUGAAUUUAAAACAUUUGCUGAUAACAGCCGCAACAACCGUGUGUGCAAAGACUGCUUUCAGCUGCCAUCAGCAACCCUGUGCAUCUCAGGCUCAGAGAGUGCAGGAGAACAAAAGAAAAAGAUUGGCAUGGAGAAGCAAAAUGUUUGGGGAGUGGAAAACAGCAUUUUCUGCAGUCAUCUCUUGUUCCAAGAAAAAGGAAAGACUUGGUGUAAAGUGUGGGUCACCAUUCCUAAGACUGAACCCCUUGUUUUAUAUCUGCAAGGAGGAAAUCAGGAUGGACGGGUUCCACGCAGUAUACCCCUGCCAGGCUAUGAAGUUGACUUCCCACAUUCUGGUGAGAGGUUCGAAUCAAAAUACGUUUUCAAACUCUCCCAAUCCCAACAGACUAUGUAUUUUAGUGCCGAGGAUGAAGACUUACAAAUAAAAUGGAUGGAUAUACUCACCAAAGCAGCUAAAGGAGAGACUCAAGAUUCAAAUGAAGAAUCCAAUAACCCCUAAUGUCUUUUUAUGUGGUCCAAACUGUACCAGGAAGGAGAAAAAUUCACCAGAAUUCAGUAUUCAUGGCACUUUGAAAAUCUUCAUGGCUUUAUAUUUCUGUAUGUCUGUAUAGGAACUCCCUUUUUAUUGUACAUUCAUCACAUAUAUCCAGCAUAUAUGUUGUUAGAUGGAAUGAAUAGGUGUAGUUGUUAAUGGUGGUUAUGUUGUUUAUAACUGCAGAGGCAAGACAAGGGGAGAAGCAUUAAUUUAAUCAAAGAUAAUCGGAAAACCAUAAGUUCUCUGCCGUAUUUCAAAACAACUCCCCCUCUAUUUUGUUCUUUUCCAUUGCUGUCUGAGUGAAGGAUGUGUAUAGUCUGUGAGUUUCAGUAGUGCUCCCUUUAAGUUAACUGUUGCACAAGGCUUGUGGCUGGCCACUGACACGCUGUUCUCUGUCUUCCCUUUGGAGAUUUGUUUUAAAAAUGGUCUUCUCCGUGUUGUACAAGCAGUGUCGUAGAUUUGUUUUCUUUGAUAAUAUUGACCUUUCUCAAGAUGCUUUUUUCACAAGACAAAUGCUAUAGAAUAUAUUUCUAAAGUCUUUGGAAUGCCAUUGCAGAAGACAUCUUGAAGUCUCAAUGCUCAAUAUAUAAAUACCAGUUUUUGGGUUUUUUUUAAUUUUUACCAACACUUUUCUUAUUUCUUUAUAUGAUCUCCUUUUUAAUGUAUGUAAGCAAAUGUUUUAUACUGCAGACUGGAAUAGUACCAAUAAAUGAACAUUUUUAUUACAUCCAGUAAGGUAAAAAUUGUUUAGAAUGAUUAACUUUUUUGAUUAAUCAAGGAUUUAUUUAUAUAAUUUGUAAAUAGCACAUAUUAAGCUUUUUUUUUUAACACAACUGAUCUGAGACUGUUAUCAGAUUAAGACACUUGUAUAAAUUGAAUUUGUAAUUUGUUUCCUGUGUCCUUUUGUUUGCAAAAGUAUUUAUGUAUGCAAAUAAAAAUCCAUGCCAUUGA